CAGAUUGUUCUGGCAAUGGUUUAUGCUAUUGAGGAGAUCAACAGGAACCCUCAUAUUUUACCCAAUGUGUCUCUGGGAUAUGAUAUAUAUAAUGUCAUGUUCAAUGAAUGGUGGAUAUUGGAUAGAUGCAUCACAUGGCUAUCCGGGCCAAAGAAGUAUGUGCCCAAUUAUACGUGUAGGAGAGAAAUGAAGUCUAUUGCAGUACUCACAGGCAUAUCAUGGAUAAUAUCUGCCAAUAUAGGGACACUACUAGAACUCUACAAAUAUCCACAGCUGACCAUUGGGCCUUUUGAUCCUAACCUUGAUAAUCAUGAACAGUUUCCUGAUCUCUAUCAAAUAGCCCCCAAGGACAUGUCUCUGUCCCAUGGCAUUGUCUCAUUGUUGAAUUAUUUCCACUGGAACUGGGUGGGAUUGAUUAUGUCUGAAGGACAAAAAGGUGUUCAGAUAAUCUCAGACUUGAGGACAGAGAUGGACAGAAAUAGAAUAUGUGUAGAUUUUGUGGAAAUAAUCCCAGUUAGUAAAGUAUCUCAUUUACCAAACAGGCAAUUGAAUCCUACACAGGUUCUGGAAUCAUCAGCAAAUGUGAUCAUCACCUAUGGUGACAGUGAUUUUCUGAGAGGCUUCCUGUUUUAUUUAAGACAAACUCUAGUUACAAGGAAAGUCUGGAUCAUGAACUCAGAAUGGGAUGGUAUCAUCCAGUCAAAGCAUUUCAUUUUAAAUUCAUUCCAUGGGAGCCUCAUCUUUGCUCAUCACCACAAAGAAACCUCUGGUUUCAGAAAUUUUAUCCAAACAGUUCAUCCUUCGAAAUACCCAGAAGAUUUUUACCUUACAAAGCUGUGGUUCUACUUUUUUAACUGCUCAUUUGCUGAUGAUGACUGCAGUACGCUGGAGAACUGUCUGCCUAAUGCUUCCUUGCAUGAGUCACCAGGGAGCCAUUUUGACAUGGUCAUGACUGAGUUUGCUUAUAAUGUAUACAAUGCUGUGUAUGCUGUGGCCCACAGCCUUCAUGAGAUGCUUCUUCAUUACAUAGAAGUAAGGCCAAUAAGAAAGGCAGAAGAGCUGAUGUUUUCAGCCUGGCAGCUGCACCCUUUCCUGAAGAACAUGCAGUUUACUAAUCCUGCUGGAGAACAAGUGAAUUUGGAUGGAAAAAUGAAAUUGAACGCAGAGUAUGACAUUCUCAAUUACUGGAACUUUCCAGAAGGUCUCAAACUUAAGGUGAAAGUUGGACAAUUUUCCCCAUAUAGUUCUCUUGGUCAACAAUUAUCUUUAUCUGAUGAUAUGAUAGAAUGGGCUAUCGGAUUUACAGAGACUCCCCAGUCCGUAUGCAGUGAAAGUUGUGGUCCUGGAUUCAGAAAAUCCCUCCAAGAAGGAAAUGUGAUCUGUUGUUUUGACUGCAUUCCAUGCCCAGAGAAUGAAAUUUCCAAUGAGACAGAUGUGGAUCAAUGUAUGCAGUGCUUAGACCAUCAAUAUGCCAACACAGCACGGGACCACUGCCUCCAAAAAUCUAUGACCUUCCUGGGUUAUGAAGAUCCCAUGGGGAUAGGUCUGUCCUGCACAGCCUUGUGCUUCUCUGCAUCGUCAGCUCUAGUUCUUGGCAUCUUCCUGAAGCAGAAAAACAGUCCUAUUGUGAAGGCAAAUAACCGCACUCUCAGCUACAUCCUGCUGGUCGCCCUUAACCUCUGUUUUCUCUGUUCUUUUCUCUUCAUUGGCCAUCCCAACACAGCCACUUGCAUCCUACAGCAGACCACAUUUGGAAUGGUGUUCACAGUGGCUGUUUCCACUGUCUUGGCCAAAACUAUUACUGUGGUUCUGGCCUUCAAGGUCACUGCUCCAGGAAGAAGAAUCAGGUGGUUGUUAGUAACACGGGCACCUAACUUCAUAGUUCCCAUCUGCACCUUGAUCCAGAUUAUCCUGUGUGGAAUCUGGCUGGCAAACUCUCCUCCCUUCAUUGACACAGAUACACAUUCUGAACGUGAACAUAUUGUCAUCAUGUGUAACAAGGGCUCAGUCACUGCCUUCUACUGUAUGCUGGGAUAUCUGGGGGCGCUGGCCCUGGGAAGCUUCACCAUGGCUUUCCUGGCCAGGAAUCUACCCGACACUUUCAAUGAAGCCAAGUUCCUGACAUUCAGCAUGCUGGUGUUCUGCAGCGUCUGGGUCACCUUUCUCCCUGUCUACCACAGUACCAAGGGAAAGGUCAUGGUGGCUGUGGAGGUCUUCUCCAUCUUGGUCUCCAGUGCAGGACUUCUAGGCUGUAUCUUUGCCCCCAAGUGCUACAUCAUUUUGUUAAGACCACAAAGGAACUCUAUUCAGGGUCACAGGGACAAAAUACAUUAUAGUUAUAGUUAUAAGACUUAA